AAGGACUACGGCGACAGUCUGGCUUUGACAACACAACAAGGAUAACCGGACACACUGUCGUCCUGUUUGGUUACAGUCUGUGAUAAUCUGUGCGCGAUGCUUAACAUGACACCACCGGAAGUGACUCCCGUCAAACGAUUCCCAGGCGUGAGCAGACCCCCAUCAACACCUUCCACUGCGCUGGCCGAAGAGACACCACCGGCCGACGGUGCAGCGGAACGGGAAUGCAGCACGCACGAAGCGGUUGCCGCGGUCAUCUUCAUGGGGCAGCUGUUCUCGCUGAUACCCAUCGUCGGUUACGCCCGGACCACCGAUCCGCGGGACGUCCGGAUGCGCCUCCGUUCGGUGCAGUUCGUGUACGGCUGUGUGACGCUGUUUAUCAUGCUGACACUUAUCAUAAUGCUUUACAGUGUUGGUAAAGGUCGUUCGUUUCCUUUCCGGACAGCUUCACUCGUUUACUACGCCAUCAUCGUGUUCUUUAUGGUGGAGCUGAUGCUGCUGGCCCGCAGCUGGAGCCAAAUUAUGGGCCGUUGGUACACGGACGAGGCACCGUUCCGCACCGAUCCCUACCGGCCACCGAGCCGCACUUUGCCCUUCCGCCGCCAGGUGCACCUGAUCGCGUUCGGCGUCAUGUUCCUGGCGUUCGUGGAGGACACACUGAACUUCGUGUCGGCGUACCGCCUGAACGAGCUGCACAUACGCUACUGUCCGCACACUGCCGGUUUCUGGAAGAACUUUUUCCACCGCGAACAUCCGUACGUGCUGCGCGUCAUCCCGUACCAUCCGGUCGUUGGGUGGACGAUCGAGCUGACGAUGCGCAUUGCCAAGUUUACCUGGCACUAUGUGGACGUGUUUAUUAUCUGUCUCAGCAUGGGGCUGCAGCGCCGGUUCGUGCAGUUCAACGAGCGGCUGGAACGGCUCGACGGUCAACCCCAAUCGCAAGGCGUUUGGCGUGCACUGCGGCUAGACUAUGUGCGGCUGUCCGAGCUGGUCACGUUUGUCGACGAGCGGUUCUCGAAGUUGAUUCUGUUCUGCUGUGCAAAUGAUAUGUUCUUCAUUACCGUGCAGUUGUUCAACAGUUUUGAUCUCAAACCAACCACAGUGACGACGGUUUACUUCUGGUACUCGCUCGGCUUCCUAAUCGGACGCUGCUUUCUGAUGCUGUUCGUGGUGUCCUCGAUAAGCCGCGCGUCGGAGAAACCGCUGGAAACGUUGCGCCGCUUCCCGAGCACGAACUGGAAUCUGGACCUGCGGCGGCUCUGCGAUGCAGUGGCCACGUCCGAGAAUGCCCUGUCCGGCAAGCGGUUCUUCUUCGUCCGCAGACCACUCAUACUAGCGGUAAGCUGUUGUUGUUUUUUUCCCCCAAAUUACACUGCAAUAACACCAGUUUUGGGUUAGCUUUGUUGUAUCCAUUAUUUAAAUGACAAAAAAAAACAGCUGUAUUCUUAAGAGAAGAGUCAAAACAUCACAAAAAUCACAGCACAAAUCGUUAUCUCAAUGGUACAUUAAAGGCAUUUUAAAGCGUCAUAGCAAUGCGGAUGGAACUGGGAAUUCCAUGGUAGAUAAAACUAUGUAACAGACACUUCCGGUCUGGGCACUGUCGUUGAACCAGGAAGCGCACCGUC